AUGAAGUUCCUCGCAGCAUUGAGUCUUGCUACUGCCGUCUCGGCAUUGGCUGUCCCUCCUGUCGAGCAUGACCCUUCUGCGCAUGAGGAUGCCAAAGGCUCCCUCCAGAUCAUCAGCUCCGAAGUUCAAGCUCCCGAGACCAUCAAUGUCGCCAGAUCCAACAACGAAGUCACUUCCUCCAUUGCCCUCGAGAAGCGCAUUGACGGCAUACCCAUUCCUCAUGGAGUUGCUUCUCCCAAGUCACUUCUUCUCAUGGGCGUCACUGUUUCCUUCCACAUGGUCGGCGGAUGGGUUCGCCAGGGGAGUCGCAACGUGUGGACCUACACUUGCAAGGGCAUUGUCUUGACCAACAACAAUGACAGGAAGGCGGUCAGCAUCUUUAGCGCUGGCAUCAAGUACCUGACCAAUUACAUUAUGUCUGAAGGCAGGGUCUGGACUGUGAAUGCUCCGGAGGGAGGGUUUGCGGACACGGUGAGCAUCAAUAUCGGAAAGGCUUAA